AUGACCAAUUUAGAUUACAUUGCCAAUUGCCUCAAGAAAGAAAUGCAGACCAUGUUUGUGGUUUUUCAAGAAAAUAUUAAAAAAGAUAUAAAGCAAGAACUUGAGAAGUUUAAAAGUGAUUUGAGGUCCGAGAUUAAGAAUGAACUGAAGGAACAACUUGAUGAAUUGAAGCAAGAUAUUAAACAAGAGUUUGAAAAGUUUAAAAGUGAUUUGAGGUCCGAGAUUAAGAAUGAACUGAAGGAACAACUUGAUGAAUUUAAGCAAGAUAUGAAGCAAGAGUUUGAGAUGUGUAAAAACGAUAUUAAGGAUGAUUUAGGAAAGGUCACAAAAAACAUUUGCACUUUAUACGAACUGCUCUUAACCCAACAUUUAAAAGACAAUCAUCCAACAGCUUAA